CAUUUUUGUUGAGAAGAUGCACCUGCAGACCGCGCCUAGUCGGUUGCUUGGAGACGAGUGAAGAUGUAACUCCACUUGUUUCAGAGGUCUUCGAGCGAGAUAACAAUACAUCUAUUCAUAUACAUUGUAAAUUAUACAUUUUCUUGACAUAUUUUUGCCUGUAGGUUGGGAUGAAUCGCACGGUUCAAGGACAUUUGCUUGCAUGCCACUUCGCCAGCCUGUGCCCCUGAUCUGAAUGAAGGCUGCGUCCACGGCCAGCAAUGACGUUAUUUCCUGGGGGGUGGCAGUGGGAGCAAAGUACUGCAGUUCUAGGGAACAGUGUAUGCAAGUCUGACAUGUGAGCAUUUGGUCCGGAACAACCUGCUGCACUAAUUCCACAUUGUACGAAUUUAAUCGCAUGAAGAACUGUUUUUUUGUUUUUUUUGUGUGUGUGUGUUUAAAAAAAAUAUAUAUUUUUACCAUCGCACUUCAAGACAAAUUCAUUUUUUUUUUAUUCAGAUAGGUAUAUAUUUUUGUACCGCCUCGGUUCGUGUGGACGUUUAGGCAGAUUCAUAACGAACCAUGGCGGAGAGAAGUGGCCGGUUGAGCUUCGGUGGCGGGGCGCUCAACAGACCGGUGCCAAUGAACCUGUUCGCCACAUGGGAAAUAGAUGGAUCGUCCCCGAGUUGUAUCCCGAGGUUGUGCAGUCUGACUCUGAAGAGGUUGGUGGUCCUGAGGGAGCUGGACAAGGAGCUCAUCUCUGUGGUCAUCGCUGUCAAAAUCCAGGGUUCCAAGAGGAUCCUGAGGUCCCAUGAGAUAGUGCUGCCCCCUAGUGGCUCAGUGGAGACUGACUUGGCUCUCACCUUCUCACUGCAGUACCCUCACUUCCUGAAGAGAGAGGGUAACAAGCUCCAGAUCCUGCUGCAGAGGAGGAAGAGAUACAAGAACAGGACUAUCCUGGGAUACAAGACCCUGGCUGUAGGAACCAUCGAUAUGGCUGAGGUGAUGCAGCACCCUACGGAGGGGGGCCAGGUUCUGUCUCUGUGCAGUAACCAGAAGGAGAUGCUGGGUAAAGUAGCUGAGAUCUGGAUCUUCUCACUGUCCAGUCAGCCGAUAGACCACGAAGAGGCCGCUCUGCAGGAGGGAACCAAGAUCAAAUGCUCAGAUACCUAUUCAGAGGAGGAGUAUGAGAGUUUCUCUUCAGAGCAGGAGGCCAGCGACGAUGCUGUUCAGGGUCAGGACCUUGAGGAUGAUGAGUAUGAUGUGAGGAAACCAAAGAAGCACAGGAGGUCUAUCGUGAGGACUGCCUCAAUUACCAGGCAGCAGAACUUUAAACAGAGACUGGUGGCCCUGAUCAAGAGGUUCCGAGUCUCAGACGAGAUGGACCCAGACAAGACUAAGAGCAGUGGAGACAAGUUCCAGGUGGACAAUGUCUCAGAUAACGCUAUACUCUUAUACUACCAACUGCCGUUGUGUCUUAUCCCUGUCUUUGCUCCAUCCCAGCAGGAGGAGCAACCAGAGGCAGUGACCCCCACUACAGAGCUGGAGAUGGACAACAUGGACACCUUCCUGGAGAAACUGCCCCCUACUGGCAAGAUGAAGAAGACCGAGUCCCUCAUCAUCCCUUCCAACAGGUGGCAAGAAGCUAAAUUGGCAGGGAGGAGAGGGAGAAGUACUUCCCUAAAGGAGCGCCAGCCCAACAGACCACAGAAUGAGAGAGCCAACAGCCUGGAUAACGAACGCUUGCUCGACACACGCUGCCAUCUACAGAUCCCCAGGAAGACUGUGUAUGACCAGCUGAACCACAUCCUGGUGUCUGAUCACCAUCUACCCGACAGCAUCAUCCUCAUCAACACAUCUGAUUGGCAGGGCCAGUAUCUGUCAAGUGUUCUCCAGAACCAGCACCUCCCAGUGGUGUGUACCUGUACUACAGCAGACAUCCAGGCCGCCUUCAACACCAUCGUCUCACGCAUACAGAGAUUCUGUAACUGUAACAGCCAGACACCCAUCCCCAUAAAGAUAGCUGUGGCUGGAGCCCAGCACUACCUCGGUGCAGUCCUCAGGCUGUUUGUAGACCACCUCUCUUACAAGACUCCUGAUUGGCUGGGUUACAUGAGGUUCCUCAUCAUACCACUAGGAUCUCACCCAGUUUCCAAGUACCUGGGUACCAUUGACUAUCGAUACAACAGUUUAUUCCAGGACACUGCGUGGAGUGACCUGUUUUACAAGCCAGAAGCACCAGUCAUGAUGCAGGAGAGUCCAGACGUGGUUUCCAGGGUAACCCAGUAUAUGGUCGGGGCCAACGGAGCUCACCAGCUCCCCAUCGCUGAGGCCAUGCUCACAUACAAACAGAAGAGCCCCGAUGAGGACUCGUGUCAGAAGUUCAUUCCCUUUAUCGGAAUGGUGAAAGUUGGCAUUGUGGAGCCGUCAUCUGCAACAUCAGGUGACUCUGACGAUGCAUCCCCCAUGGGGAUGGUUUUCCACUCCUCCACCCCUCCUCAGGUGUCCCCUGCCCUGAAGGAAGCCUCACCCACCCCUCCCUCUUCCCCCUCCGUCAACACAAGCUUCAGUUCCUACAGUUCUCCCCAGGGGGAGCUGAUGGGACUACAGGUGGACUACUGGGUGGCUCCCUCCCCGGCUGACAGGAAGAGAGACGUGGAGAAAAGGGACUCGUCCUCCUCUAAGAACACUCUGAAGUGUACGUUCCGCUCGCUGCAGGUUAGCAGGCUCCCCCAGACCGGGGCCCAGCCACAGCCCGCCAUGUCCAUGACUGUCGUCAUGAAGGAGAAGAACAAGAAAGUCAUGUUCCUGCCAAAGAAGACUAAAGACAAGGAUGUGGAGUCUAAGAGCCAGGUGAUCGAUGGCAUCAGUCGACUGAUCUGCACUGCCAAGCACCAGCAGACCAUGCUGAGGGUGCUGAUUGACGGCGUGGAGUGGAAUGAUGUCAAGUUUUUCCAGUUGGCGGCACAGUGGUCGUCACACGUCAAACAUUUCCCCAUCGGGAUCUUUGGACACACUAAAGGGCCUUACUAGCAGGCCCCGCAGGCAGCAACUAGAACUAGUAUCCAUAGAGACCGUUACCACAGUAGCGACCGUUACCACAGUAGCGACCGUUGCCACAGCAGCGACCGUUACCAUAGACACUCAUCUGGAACUGAGGACGACGCCCCCGCUCUCAUGUGCCAAUAGCCUUUAACCUCCCAGCUCCAGGCUUUGCACUGCCCCCCCCCCCAGUCUGCACUGCCCCCCCCACC